AUGAUUUACCCUGUCUUCGUGAUGUUCGCAAACCUUUCCAUCCUGCUUUUAUAUACCCGGGUCUUCCGAACCUCCAGAUACCAGGAAUUAUCGUACUCCGUCGGCUCGAUUGUCGUGGGCACAGGAAUGGGUGUCCUCUUUGCAGCAACUUUCCAAUGCUCACCCGUGCAAUUCGCCUGGGAUUUAUCACCUCGCGGUUCAUGCAUCAACCAACAGGCUUUCUUCCGUUACAUGCUGCCUCCACAGAUCUUCACUGAUUUCAUGGUUUUGGUCAUGCUGCUUCCGUAUGUCUGGAAACUGCAGAGUCGCUUGACGAACAAGCUUGCCCUAACUGUUCUUACUCGGAGAACUGAAGAGAUUAUGAACGACUUGGAGGUCUUCUUCCUCGGGCUAGCCAAAUGA